CAGCCAGCAACGACGGCCGGCUACUAUUUUGUCCCUGCGCAGCGUUGUCUGUUCUCCUGUGGCAACCAUGGAGCCGACACUGCGAAAGGCGGCGCACAGUCUAUGUGGGUGUUGCUCUGCAUCUCUGCGCAGACAAGCCGCCGUUGCCCGGCAGCCUGCAAGGCCGUGGAUGCGAGCGCCGCCAGCGCCCCUCGCUCGACAUCACCACUCACCCACGUCUCGAGCGGCGAAACCGCAAGCCGCCGACAAGCACAGCGUCUCGAGCGCUGUGAGACCGUUUAGCUCGAGCGGCGGCCCUCGCACUGAUGCUGCGGCCGCACAAGACCCGGCUCAGCCGGCGCGGUUGAGACUCAGCCAUGACAACCUGUUCCACCCGUUCUCGUCGUCGCCGGUCCCCGAGUUUCGACGUCGCGCGGCUUUCAUGAGACAGCAUGCAUACUGCCCGCACCCGGAUCAUAAGCCAACCAAGUUGCCGACAGUAAAUCCUGGUUCCGAGACGACUGAAGCUACCAGCGGGGACAUGCCUCCAGCCCACGUCGACUUUGACUGCCCCGACUGUGGCUUUCCCGUCUACUGCAGUAAGGAGCAUUGGAUGGACCACUACGAAGAGCAUCUAAAGAUUUGCGAUACGCUGCGGCAAAUCAAUGAGGAUGACCACGACCUCCGAUCGGGGCGAGUGUUCCACGAAGCUGCCCUGCCCGACCUGCAGCUGGACGAGGCGGCCAUCAACAUGACAAACUGGGACACCUUCAUGUACACGAGAGAAUUUGAGGCUGUUAACUCGGACCGCUCCAUGAGGCAAAUCACUCGGCUCUUGACGUAUCCGAUCACAAUUGGCAGCGUCCUCCAUGAGCUCAGCCCGUACACUGUCAAGAAGGGUGAGCGCCUGACAACGGAAGGCUUGAAGAGCUUCAGUGCUCUACGAUACAAUCUGCAUCCUCCAAAGGCCGGCCGCGGGCCUGGAAUCAACCAACUCAGACCAGAGCCACCGCCGGUGCGAGUGUUUGUCCUCGGCGCUCGGGCUGAGUCAUCGCUGCCACGGCCUGCCUGGGUGCAACUGGCGCAUCUCUUCCCCGAGUCGAAGUUUCAUCUCAUAUUCAUCGGACCCGAGAGCAUGGCAAACCGAGAUGACGAGUUUCCGCUACCAGAACGAACGGCAUCGAAUCCAUUUGGCGCCAUCGUCGAGGACCGUGUCUGGUACAAGAUGAAGAUAAGUACCAUCGUUGACUACUACCACACUCUCCACAAAACGGGUCAGUUUGCGCCGUAUGAUCCGUAUUUUGACUGUUUCGUCCUCUUCCAUCCCGGACUGGGCCAUCCGGCGAGUAGCCACGAGUGGGAAGAGACGCUGCCGCUUCUGUUGGAGACUAAAGUACCCAUCAUCAGCACUGGGUACACGCAGUUUGACCUUGAGCGGGAUGUCGACUGGGUGAACAAGAAGUCCAAGGGCGAGUUCGAUGUACUACUGGAGCCAGGAGAAAAUAUUUUUCGAAGCUUGCGGUGGGAUCUCAACGAUAUGGACCCCCAGGAUGUCAGCUGCGGCAACUGGGGAGUGUGGGCGUUCCGUGGCAAGAGAUAUGAGACGACGACAAAGGAACAGUAGAUGUGUGCGGAGCUGUGGAGAUUGUCGUGGCAUCCAGAGGACGGCCACUGCGCUGUAAAUGUAUUAAGACGAAUUUGUGUGUAUCACCAUCUUUGACGACGAACGAGGCCCGGGGGGGAAGGGGCUAGGCCAGGUUUAGAACAUAUUCAACUUCUUGCAUUCAG